CACUUAGAAAGUUGUAAUGAGACAAAAAAAAGUUAGAUGGGUUAGAGAGAGAUUGUCUGUCUGCCUUCUCUCUUGAAUUCAUCAAUCUCUCAUUGAUUAUGGCUGAUUCUCUUAAUACUCGUGGGGUCGAUUCUUCUAGAGGCGAAGUAGAUGUACUGGAAGGAAAAAAGGGAUCGGAGUUCAUGAAGGUGUCUAAUGAGGUUUUGGGGGUUCUUGAUGGAUGUACUGCGGGGUUUGGGAAAUCAUACUCUGCGAAGCUGUUUGAUCAGGGUUUCGGGGGUAUGAAAGGUGAUUCGCCCAUCAGUUGUGGUCAAUCUGGAAAGACGGUCACGAACCCUAGUUCUUUUGCUGAGUCUGUGAAACUAAGGGUUUUGAAGGUCUUUGGAUUCAACAGCUAAUAUUGAUGCGUUUGAUUUGAUGAGGUUACAAAUUUAAACAAACAUGCUAACAUGGGACCAAAGAUCAAGGAUGUGAGGAUACGAAUCCAGCCAUGGAAAGGAAGAGCAGAGGCCGUCAGAAGAUUGCGAUGACAAGAAUGUCAAAUAAAAGCAACCGAAUCGUUACCUUCUCAAAGCGUCGUUCUGGGCUAUUCAAGAAGGCAAGCGAACUCUGCACCCUAUGUGGCGCUGAAAUUGCCAUCAUCGUUUUCUCUCCUUGCAAAAAGGCCUUCUCUUUUGGCUACCCUUGUGUUGACACUGUUGUAGAUUGUUUUCUCUCUCGAAACUCUCCACCCAAUUCAGGCUCGCUCCAACUUGUCAAGGCUCACUGCAAUGUGAAUGUUAGCAAGCUCAACUUGCAACUUACUGAAGCACUUGAUAUGUUGGAAGCAGAGAAGAAAAGAGGCGAAGAGCUUAACAAGAUGAGGAAAGCUAGCCGAGAUGGGUGUUGGUGGGAAGCACCGGUUAGCGAGCUUGGACUUCAGCAACUCGAGCAAUUGAAGGUUGCAAUGGAGGAUUUAAAGAAGAAUGUUGCAAAGCAAAGCAAGAAGAUUCAGAUGGAGGAAUCGAACCCCUGGAGGUUUAUUGAAGAUUCCAUGGGAGGGCAUGUUGGUGGUGCUUCUCAUGAUGUUAAGGUUUCUGGGCUAGUUCUGUCCAUGACUCCACAUGGAUAUACCCUCGGCUAUGGACAUGGGAUUUUUUUGAUAUUUUGUCGUUUGUUGCUACGAAGAACUUGCAUGUUUGCUUAUGAUUUUGGGUUUAAUUUGUUGGAAUUUUAAUAAAAAUAAAAUUAAUUAUUGCUAUGUAAUUUGUUUGACCUUAAUGAACAUUAAUAUUGAUUUUAAAUAUUUCGGUUACAAAGAUAUUAUUAAGUUUUAUUAUUAUAGUUA